AUGGACCAAGACCCAUACAUUGCUCAAGCAAUUGCUAUACCAGAAUUGACCCAAAGACACCAGACUAACCUCCCAUCGUCAGCGACAAUCACUAACAAUGAUACGAAUACGAUAAUUCACAAUACGAAUGUUGGAGCAGCCGUGGCUCGCAUUGAGGGCAUCCUCGAGCAAAUCAUUGACGCUUUAGCUGCAGGCCAAGAGCUGUCGAUUGCCUUCUCUACCAGGAAGCCCUCUCGUCAGGCUUCCAAUGCCACCCCGGAGCAGGUUCACUUCCCUGGUCGCAACAAGCAAGAGGCCACCAAGUUUGCGCGCAUUCUUCUCAUCCUUCAGCUUUCACAUGACGCUCUUGUAUCUGGCACAGUCCUAACCAAGCGCCAUAUCUUCUACCAACACCAAGAUCUCUUCGAGAAGCAAAGGGAGGUAGACGAUCUUGUCGACGAUAUCGCAUUCACGCUUGGUAUCAGUCGUGGAGACUUGAACAUUGUUGCAGCUUCAAAGGGUGUACUAGCUGGGCCGCUUACCAUAGGUCUCCAUGACGGCAGCACUCUGAACCCUUGUUUGGGGGACCUGAUUCUGAUUGGAGUAGGGAGUAGCUAUCCCAACUGUUCAGUCAAUUUCUGGUGUCGACAUCCACGAUGCCAGAUAGAUUCUGGUAGUGGAGAAGGAUGCCGUCUUCAGAUCACUCUGCUCCUCUCAAUUCUGGAGGGUGUCUCUGUCUGGCCCCGGUGUACUUGUCACUAUCUAACCACUCGUUCAUUCCUGAACCUUGUCAGCACGAGGUAUCCCCAGCUACCAAUCCUGGGGCUAUUCGACUUUGACCCUGAUGGUGUCAAGAUUAUGCGGUGUUACCGAUAUGGAUCCGACAGACUAAGCCAUGAAGCUGAUCUCGGCACUGAAACACUGCAGUGGCUUGGUAUCAAGUCAACACAUCUCUUUCGGGAUUAUGCCGGUGAUUCGGCAACCAUCACUCCUAGUCAGUCUUCGCCAUCUUCCAUCACUUCUACCUCAUGUCGCAACCCUGUCUCGUAUAUGAGUGCGAGAGAACGAACAGCAGCCAUCUCAACACUCAAAAAGGUCGUUCAUCCGUCGCACCUUGGUACUGAAGUGUCAGAAACGAAACAUGAACUACAAUUGAUGCUAGUUCUUGGAGUAAAGGCUGAGAUUGAGUGGCUGGAUGAGUCUGGAGACCUGUUUUCAUGGCUCGAUGACGAGAUUGGCGAAGCAUUGAUCAGUGAUAUGAUUUGA